AUGGGAGCCUGGCUUAUGGGAGCCUGGCUUAUGGGAGCCUGGCUUAUGGGAGCCUGGCUUAUGGGAGCCUGGCUUAUGGGAGCCUGGCUUAUGGGAGCCUGGCUUAUGGGAGCCUGGCUUAUGGGAGCCUGGCUUAUGGGAGCCUGGCUUAUGGGAGCCUGGCUUAUGGGAGCCUGGCUUAUGGGAGCCUGGCUUAUGGGAGCCUGGCUUAUGGGAGCCUGGCUUAUGGGAGCCUGGCUUAUGGGAGCCUGGCUUAUGGGAGCCUGGCUUAUGGGAGCCUGGCUUAUGGGAGCCUGGCUUAUGGGAGCCUGGCUUAUGGGAGCCUGGCUUAUGGGAGCCUGGCUUAUGGGAGCCUGGCUUAUGGGAGGCUGGCUUAUGGGAGGCUGGCUUAUGGGAGGCUGGCUUAUGGGAGGCUGGCUUAUGGGAGGCUGGCUUAUGGGAGGCUGGCUUAUGGGAGGCUGGCUUAUGGGAGGCUGGCUUAUGGGAGGCUGGCUUAUGGGAGGCUGGCUUAUGGGAGGCUGGCUUAUGGGAGGCUGGCUUAUGGGAGGCUGGCUUAUGGGAGGCUGGCUUAUGGGAGGCUGGCUUAUGGGAGGCUGGCUUAUGGGAGGCUGGCUUAUGGGAGGCUGGCUUAUGGGAGGCUGGCUUAUGGGAGGCUGGCUUAUGGGAGGCUGGCUUAUGGGAGGCUGGCUUAUGGGAGGCUGGCUUAUGGGAGGCUGGCUUAUGGGAGGCUGGCUUAUGGGAGGCUGGCUUAUGGGAGGCUGGCUUAUGGGAGGCUGGCUUAUGGGAGGCUGGCUUAUGGGAGGCUGGCUUAUGGGAGGCUGGCUUAUGGGAGGCUGGCUUAUGGGAGGCUGGCUUAUGGGAGGCUGGCUUAUGGGAGGCUGGCUUAUGGGAGGCUGGCUUAUGACUUAUAAAAAAACUCGCAAUGGUGCACCAACAGGUGUAGCAGCAUCCUGGCAUAUGUCAGCAGGCAUUGCUUACCUGGUAAGAUUCUGCUUACUUGGCUCAAGCACACGAGAUGAACUUCAGUGA